CCUCGUUUCUAAGCUUCAUUAAAGCAAAUUUUAACAAACUUAGCAAUUGAACGUUAUUGUGAGUUGCAGUUUAAAAGCACUCUCCGCGAGAAACAUGCCAAACAUAAGGCUACAGAGCUCAGAUGGAGAAAUAUUCGAAGUAGAUGUUGAAAUUGCUAAAGCAUCAGUCACAAUCAAAACUAUGCUUGAAGAUCUUGGCAUGGAUGAGGAUGAUGAUGAACCUGUCCCGCUUCCCAAUGUCAAUGCGGCAAUUCUUAAGAAGGUUAUUCAAUGGGCUACUCAUCACAAGGAUGACCCACCCCCACCAGAUGAUGAUGAAAACAAAGAAAAAAGAACAGAUGACAUUGAUCCUUGGGAUCAAGAGUUUCUCAAAGUGGACCAAGGAACACUUUUUGAGCUCAUUCUUGCUGCAAACUACCUUGAUAUCAAAGGUCUUCUAGAUGUCACAUGUAAAACUGUAGCAAACAUGAUCAAAGGCAAAACGCCAGAGGAGAUCAGAAAGACAUUCAACAUUAAGAACGACUUCACACCAGAAGAGGAAGAACAGGUUCGCAAAGAAAACGAGUGGUGUGAAGAAAAGUAAAGUUGACUAUUAAUAUACACAGUAUUUACUUGAAAACACUUCAAAGCCUUAAAACUUCAAGAACUUUGCAAUGAUAGCACUUUUUUUAUGACCCUAUGGAUUUUGUAAUUUGUGAACGUGGUACACUUUGUGUAGCCAAUUCUAUUCUUUAAUUUAAUUCAGUUGAAGUUAAGCAGUGAUCAACCUGCCUUUAGUUUAAUCUUUUUUUUGAGAGUAGAAGCCAGCAAGUGUAUAUUUGUAGCAGAACUAGUUUGUGAAAGGGAGGUCAUAAAUUACUGCAUUUUAUUUGACUUGUCAUUUAUAAUAAAGGAGUGUGAUUCUGUUUU